AUGAUGCAUAAUGAGGUAGAGGUGUAUGUUGAUGAUAUGAUAGUGAAAUCCAAAGAUAGAAGAAGCCACACCACAAACUUGAGGAAGUUUUAUAAGAGGAUUAAAGAAUAUAGAUUGAGAUUGAACCCACAAAAGUGCACCUUUGGAGUAACCGCCAGAAAAUUGUUAGGAUUUCUAGUGAGUGACAAAGGGAUAAAAGUUGACCCAUUCAAGAUCAAAGCCAUAUUGGAGAUGCCUCCGCCCAAAAUGAGGGACGAGCACUUGAAUCCUUAUCAACAAUACAUAGAGAACUUGACCAAGACCUUUGACAAGAUUGAAUACACAAUCAUCCUUAGAGCUCAAAACCAGUUUGCAGAUGCCUUGGCUACUUUAGCCUCCAUGGUUGAAAUACCUGAGGGAGUAUGGAUACGACUCUUACAGAUCAAACAUAGUUAUGAGGAAGUGCACAAAAGGAAGAUCGAAGCUUCAAUAAUGACCAUAGAAGAAGAGGAAGUUCUGUGGUACUAUGACAUCAUGAAGUUCUUGGAACUAGGGGCAUAUCUUGAUAGUGCUGAUAAGAGGAAACAUUGUUCCAUUAGGAUGAUGGUGUCCUAA